UGUGGUUCAUAGAUAAAUUGCUGUGGUCGAGUUGGAUAAAUAAUAAAAAUGUUUGAAAUACAUUCGAAUUUUUUGAAUUCAAAGUAUUCCAUUUCUACUAUCUCUCCAAUAAUUUGAACAACUUUAUUAAGAAUUUGCUAUAAUGGGUUAAAUGAAGUAGAAGAUGGAGAAGUCGUGGAAAUAUAUAACCAUUUCGGUUUCGGCUUUCAUAUGCUACUGCAAUACUUUAUGGGGCUCAUUCCUAUUUGAUGACACUGAAGCAAUAGUGAAAAAUAAAGAUGUUUUACCAUCUACCUCAGUCAGCGAAAUAUUCAAAAAUGAUUUCUGGGGUAUGGAUAUAUCGCUCAAUAGUAGUCAUAAGUCUUAUCGUCCUUUAACCAUACUAUCCUAUAGGUUGAAUGUGAUCUAUUCUAAUAAUGUAUUGGAUUCAUUCCAAUUUCAUGCAACAAAUGUAAUUUUAUAUGGGAUUUUAUGUCUAUUGACUAUACCAGUUUUUGAACUUUUUUUAAAAAAAAGGAAACAUGAGUAUAUUAAUGAAAUUGCGUUCAUGUCUAGUCUCUUAUUCACAGUACAUCCUGUUCAUACUGAAUCUGUUGCUGCCAUUGUUGGAAGGGCUGAUAUUUUAGGAUCUAUAUUCUUUUUAGUAGCUGUUUUAUUAUAUCAUGGAUGCUUACAACAAAAAUCAGUAUUGUUAUUGUGUAUAACCUUAAUAAUUACUGCAGCAGCUGUGCUUUGUAAAGAAAAUGCAAUCAUGGCCUUGGGUAUGUGUAUUGCCUAUGACAUUUUUCUACAAAAGAAAAAGUUAAAGACAUGGAUGAACAUGUUGAAUUUAUAUUUUAUCUCAAGAAAUCUCAUUUUAAUCUUAUUUGGAAUAAUAAUUUUAUAUUACCGAUUGAAAAUUAUGAAUUUUGAAGGUCCAAUAUUCACAAGUAUCGAUAAUCCUGCUGCUUUUUCUGGAAAUUUAUUUGUUAAGGUAUUCACAUACAGCUACAUUUAUUUUCUAAAUUUUCUUAUCCUAAUUUGGCCAAAUUGGUUAUGCUUUGAUUGGUCGAUGGGUUGUAUACCAUUAAUUGAGAAUUUUUGUGAUAUUAGAAUUAUUGUUGUCAUUUCCUUCUGGAUCUUUUGGUUAGCAGUCAUUUAUAAAUAUUUUAAGAAGAUUUAUAAAUCAGGUUUAAUAGAUGGUUCUGCCAUGGGUAUUUGUUUAAUGGUUCUCCCAUUUAUACCUGCAUCUAAUUUAUUUUUUACUGUUGGUUUUGUUAUUGCUGAACGCACAUUAUUGCUUCCUAGUGCAGGAUUUUGUUUUCUGAUUGUAAUUGGAUAUUUCAAGUUGAGUCAAACCUUCAAUAGCGAAAAGGUUUUCAAAAAUCUUUUUUAUAUUUUUUGUGUGUUAUUUGCAAGUCGAACAAUAAUGAGAAAUUUUGAGUGGUUGAAAGAAGAAACUUUAUUCUCAUCUGCCCUAGAGGUAUGUCCUUUGAAUGCAAAAGUUCAUUACAACAUAGCUAAAGUAGCAGCUGAUCAGAAUCUCAAAGAGUUAGCUUUCCUUGAAUACAGGAAAGCUUUGGAAUUGAACCCUAACUAUGAACAAGCAAUGAAUAAUUUGGCCAAUCUCCUUAGGGAGGAAAAGAAGUAUAUAGAAGCUGAAAGUUUGCUCAGGAAAUCUCUUGAUGUCAGGCCGAAUUUUGCUGCAGCCUGGAUGAACUUGGGGAUAGUCUUGACAAAUUUAAAUAAUAGCAAAGAAGCUGAAUAUUGCUACAAAACUGCCAUAAAAUAUAGAAGCAGAUAUCCAGAUUGCUAUUAUAAUCUUGGAAACUUAUAUCUAGACCAAAAACGUAAUGAGGAAGCAUUGAAAGCUUGGGAAAUGGCGGUAUAUUAUCGUCCAACACAUGUUGCUGCCUGGAGCAAUACUUUGGUGCUAUUGGAUAGUAUGAAGCGCUACAAGGAUGCUUUAAAUUUGGCUCAAACUGCUCUCAGCCACAACCCAUUGUCACCAGCUUUACAUUUCAGUAUUGCCAACACUUUGGGAAAAGUUCAAGAAUUUGACAGGGCUGAAGCUCAUUUUUUGGAGGCAAUUAAUUUGAACCCGAAAAAUGCACUCUACGUUUCAAACUUAGGUGUGCUGUAUCACCGUUGGGGUAAAUUGGAUAAAGCAAGAAAUAUGUAUCAGAGAGCCCUUAAAAUCAAUCCCAACAUGAAGACUACUCAAUUGAACUUAAAGAAACUUAAUAGGAGAUGAAUGAAAUUAACAUGUUGCAAUAAUUUUGUAUUUAUUGUGGCUAUACAAAUUACAGUAUUCAUUGACAA